AUGCAACAAGGUCAAGGGAAGAAGAACAUGAAAGAGAUGGAGUUUUUCACUGAGUAUGGUGAUGCAAACCGUUAUCAGAUUCUUGAAGUCAUUGGGAAAGGAAGCUACGGUGUUGUUUGUGCAGCGAUUGAUACACAUACAGGAGAGAAAGUCGCUAUAAAGAAGAUUAAUGAUGUGUUUGAACAUAUCUCUGAUGCUCUUCGUAUCCUCCGUGAGGUCAAGCUUCUUCGGCUCUUAAGGCAUCCAGAUAUAGUUGAGAUUAAAAGCAUAAUGCUACCACCUUCGAAGAGGGAGUUUAAAGACAUUUAUGUUGUGUUUGAGCUCAUGGAAUCAGAUCUUCAUCAAGUCAUCAAAGCUAAUGAUGAUUUGACUAGGGAACACCAUCAGUUUUUCCUUUAUCAGAUGCUUCGUGCCUUGAAGUAUAUGCAUACAGCUAAUGUUUACCAUCGUGAUCUUAAACCGAAGAAUAUACUGGCAAAUGCAAACUGCAAGUUGAAAGUUUGUGACUUUGGACUAGCAAGAGUGUCGUUCAAUGAUACACCUACUACAGUGUUUUGGACGGAUUAUGUUGCCACAAGAUGGUACAGGGCACCUGAGCUCUGUGGAUCAUUCUGUUCUAAGUACACUCCAGCUAUUGACAUUUGGAGCAUUGGCUGCAUCUUUGCCGAGGUAUUAUUAGGGAAGCCUUUGUUUCCUGGAAAAAGUGUCUCCCAUCAGUUAGAUUUGAUUACCGAUCUUCUUGGCACACCAAAAUCAGAGACCAUUGCUGGAGUUCGAAAUGAGAAAGCUAGAAAGUACUUGGGAGAAAUGAGGAAGAAAACUCUUGUCCCCUUUUCGCAGAAGUUUCCUAACGCAGAUCCUUUAGCAUUGCGCCUUUUGCAAAGACUGUUGGCUUUUGAUCCAAAGGAUAGGCCGACUGCUGCAGAGGCGCUGGCUGAUCCUUAUUUUAAGGGCCUUGCUAGGGUUGAAAGAGAACCUUCUUGUCAGCCAAUCUCGAAGAUGGAAUUUGAGUUUGAAAGACGAAGGUUGACAAAGGAUGACAUUAGAGAGCUAAUAUACAGGGAGAUACUAGAAUACCAUCCACAGCUGCUCAAGGAUUAUAUGAGCGGAUCUGAAGGCUCAAGUUUCUUAUAUCCUAGUGCGAUUGGUCAUCUGAGGAAACAGUUUGCGUACCUAGAAGAAAAUAGCGGCAAAAGUGGGCCAGUCAUACCUCCCGAGAGGAAACAUGUUUCACUUCCGCGGUCUUCAGUUCACUCCAGUAUAGUAUCCUCCCACGCUCAACCUGGCUUGAAUGCACAAGAGAGUCGACGUGUUUCUUAUGAGCCUUCAAGAAAUGGAGUAGUUCCUUCAACUUCAGCAAAUUCAACUAAACCUUUAGGACCUCCACCACGAGUACCAUCAGGUAGACCAGGCCGUGCUGUGGAAUCAUCUGUAACUUAUGAAAAUGACAGGAACCUCAAAGAGUCUUCUUAUUGCAGAAGCACGGUACUCCCCCAACAGACCAUACCUCCUAACUGUUUCUUCCAUCCUAACACCAUGAACCAAGAGAAGCGCUGUGGUACAGGAGCUGUUUCUCAGCCAAAACCGCAGUAUGUCCCCGCACAAUGCAACUCCGCAAAGCCAGCUGAGCUGAACCCAAACCCUUAUGUCCAAUCACAUCACAAGGUGGGUAUUGAUGCGAAGCUGUUGCAGGCGCAAUCCCAAUAUGGUCCUGCUGGAGCUGCAGCGGUUGCAGUAGCAGCACACCGGAACAUAGGCACGGUUGGGAAUGGCAUGUCUUAG